AUGACAUUCAACGCAAGUGUGGACUCGCAGUUGACGCAACACAUGUUGUUCGGAUGGGUGGACCACCUGUCGUUCGCACUCAUGCUGGGCCUUUCAGCAGCCAUCGGUAUUUAUUUUGGCGUGUUUGGUCGCGCCAAGAAUACUGCCCAAGUGGACUACCUGCACGGCGGCAAACGCAUGAGAGCAUUUCCUGUCGCAGUGUCACAAGUAUCUAGUCAUACCUCUGGAACCACGCUGAUGGGAGUACCUGCAGAAGUAUACCUAUACGGCAGCGUCUACGGAUGGGUUUGCUUAUCAGUCAUCAUUUUCGCACUCAUCACCAACUACGUGUUUCUUCCUGUUUUCUUCGAUUUGCAGCUCACAUCAACUUAUGAGUACUUGGAGCGCCGCUUCAGCCGUACUAUUCGCUUAUUUGCAUCUGGAUUCUUCACACUCAAUCUGGUGCUUCACAUGCCUUUGUACGUGUACAUGCCUGCUAUCGCACUAAGCCAAGUGUCUGGAAUCAGUGUCCACUGGAUCACUCCUCUGGUUUGCACCGUCUGCGUUUUCUACACUAUGUUGGGCGGCCUGAAGGCGGUGGUGUGGACGGACUUCCUGCAGAGCGGAGUCACGCUGGCAGCCUUCAUCGCGGUGCUUAUCCUGGGGGUGGUGAGCGCCGGUGGCUUCGCAGAGGUGUGGCGGACCGCCGACGAGGGCGGCAGGGUCUCCUUCUUCGUGAUGACCCCGGACCCCUUCGUUCGGAGCUCCUUCUGGGCAGUGGUGAUCGGCGCGACGGGGUCUUUCGUAGGAGGCUGCGCUGUCCACCAGGGCAUGGUACAGAAGUUCAUGUCGCUGCCGGACCUGGCGGCUUGUCGAAAGUGA